AUGAAGUACACCUCUGAAUUCGACCCCGCUACCCAAUCGGCGGCCACCAAUAUCGAUCAAGAUGUUGGAGCUUCCAGGGCUGAAAAGUACAAAAAUACGCAAAAGGAGGUUUUGGCGUGGAUCUUCGAGGUUUUGAAUGUCUCGAACGAAAAACAGAGAGAAUACACCGACGCGGGUGCAGAUCUUGUAGACAUCCUCAAGGAUGGACAAUUGCUUUGUCAAAUUGGGAACAAGUACGGCCUAGACCUGUCGCCGACGGCCAAAUGCCGUAACUCGAGGAUGCCAUUUGUUCAGAUGGAAAACAUCAUGUUCUUCUUGCAAUUCUGCGAGAUGGUCGGUGUAGCUCAUGAUGAGAUUUUCCAGACGAUCGACUUGUUCGAGAGAAAGGAUCCGUACCAGGUCGUAGUGACGUUGAUGGCGUUUUCACGGUUGGCUAGUCAGAAGAGACCUGGUGUAUUCAAGACUGCGAUUGGUCCUCGGGCUGCGAGAGUGAAACCACAAGUUCCUGUGAAGCCAUUUAAAUUAAGACUGUGA